AUGCCAUUGAUCGUGGCAAAUUUCAUUCUCGGAAUGGGUGUCGGGACCACUAAGCGAGGAAGAAUCCUGAAUUUUACAUACUCAUUACUGUGUCUAAUGAUAUACGUAAUUGUCACAAUAUUAUCCACGCAAUACAUGAAUGAUUACAUCCUGCACAAAGCGAACGAUCUCGGCACCACGACGUUCGACGCUAUCUUCUUCGCCAACAUCGGUCUGACGUUCUGUCUCGUCUUCUGUGCAUGGUGGAAGGGAAAGCAUUUGCAAACGGCGAUAAUGCGCAUUGUAAUGUGUGAGAAAUCUAUGGAGCAAAUGGCAAUAGAGAAGAACUAUCGGAAAUUGUACCUGUCUCAAAUCUACUCGUUCGUAUACAUCAUAAUAGUGAUCAUCAUAUUCGUUGCGGUCACUUACGAAGGAUCGUUCAUAGAAGAAACACCCUUGCACAUCAAAUUCAUACUCGGGAUUGGCAUGAACUAUCCCGUAGGUUUGCUCUACGUGAGCGAUGCAUCGUUCCUGCACUGGGUCAGGUAUAGAAAUCUUGUGUACUCGAAAAUGCGAUUCGAGCAGAUGAACAAUCUGCUGCAACGCAUGUUAACAACCACCCCCGAUUCGCCGCAGCACAAAAGGGUGCUGAAAAUGAAAGACGAGUGGAACAAGACGGUCACCUCAUCGGCGCACGAUCGCAAAAACAGGGAGAACACCGACACAAUGAGAUCUGUCAAGCAAGUUCAUCUGGAAUUAAUCAAGUCUAUCAGAAGCAUAAACGAAGCGUAUGGCAUACAGAUUCUCCUUUCUAUGACGAUAUCUUUCGUGUUUAUCACCUCUCUUCUUUAUUACGCGUAUUCGAUUUUAUGGUCGUCAAAGAUAAGUUCGGACGUGUAUCGACAAGAGAUGGUUCCGGUCGUGUGCUGGGUAUUAUUCUACGCCUCAAAAGUUCUCAUUAUAAAUCACACGUGCGCUAUGGCGACCAUUGAGGCUGCAAACACCGGUGAUAUAAUCUGCGAAUUGUACGAGCCAUCCGCUAGCAAAGAAUUUCGCGCAGAGAUACGGGAUUUUACUCUUCAGCUGAUACAGAACCCAUUAAUUUUCACGGCGUGUGGAUUUUUCAACUUGGAUCACACAUUCAUUCACGGAGUCAUUGGAUCAGUCACUACAUAUCUCGUGAUUCUUAUUCAAGUCGGGGAUUUGUCACCGGAUGAGAACAAAAAUUCAACUAUCUCACAACAUAACGACACGAACUUGACUCUGUCUAGUACGGUUACGUCUCUUACGGCUCUCGAUCCAUAAAUAAAUUUUUCAUCGAACGCGCAGAGAAACUCGAGG